AUGCCGCCCAAGCAAGCCAAAGGCGAAUACAUCGAGACGGACACUGGUAACAAGGUAUCACGUAAGUCGAACAUCCUCGGGUCGCAGAACAUCAUUCUGGGCGGAAAGACGAUAAUCCAGGCGGACUGCACGAUCCGUGGAGACUUGCGACGCGCGGGCGCACCGGGCCAGCAUGGGAAUGUCGCUAUCGCCGUCGGCAGGUACUGCUUCUUUGCUAAGAGCUGUGUGCUGAGGCCGCCGGGGAAGACGCAUCGUGGUGUGUUUAGUUUUUACCCCAUGAAACUGGGCGACCAUGUUUUUGUCGGCGAGGGCGCGGUCGUCGAAGCGGCCAUGGUGGGGAACUUUGUGCAUAUCGGUGCUGGCGCGGUGAUUGGGAAAUUCACUAUCAUCAAAGACUGCGUACGGAUCGAGGACGGCACGGUAGUGGCGCCGCACACGGUUAUCCCGCCGUUUUCGCGGGUUGCUGGAAGGCCCGGCGUGGUCAUCGAGGAGCUGCCAGAGACCGCGCAGGAGACGCUGGAAUGUUCGUGGACUCACUCCUUUUCGCGCGCGAGAGCGGGGUUGCGAUCCGUGCUGAUCACGAUGGGUGGACAGUGA